CUUCCGGCGCCCCGUGGAGUCUUUCCUUUAGUCUCCGGCAGUUAUCCCGUUCUAGACGCUGGUGUCCCCUAGGUGGGCACCGAGGUAACGGAGCGGAAAAGCAGGAGGAGAGGCGUGGUGCCCGCUGUCUAGAAGCGGAUGCGAGGCCCUCUGAGCCCGCAGUUGACGGCGGUGCCCUCGUUCCCGCCCUGCUCGCCGCCUCUCCCGGCGCCGCUCUUCCCACGGCCGGUGGCCGAGGCCGCGCCGAUGAACCCGGCUCAGGGCCGUGUGGUCUUUGAGGAUGUGGCCAUACAUUUCUCCCAGGACGAGUGGUGCCUCCUGGAUGAGGCGCAGAGGCUCCUGUACCGGCGUGUGAUGCUGCAGAACAUUGUGCUGUUGUCCUCUGUAGUGCUCUCAACAUCUGACUACACGUAAAGUGUUGUGACGUCUGCCUGUGUCCUUAAACACUCCUUGGAUCCCGGCUGCUGUCUUGCAUCUAGACAUUCUGAGUCUGGACAUGGCCUUCUACUCACUGCUCGCCAGUCACCAGCAGCCAGGCCUUGUUGAAAGCCAUCUGCAGAGGAGUGAAAUUAUAUUGACUCCCCGGUAAGGAGAUAUGUAAUCCCGUCCUCUAUCUCAGGAUUCAGAUGCCCCCUUUCCAAGUAAGCUAUGCCUGUGACCACGGAGUCAUUGUCCAGGUAGAAAGCGGUAUGUGGUAAAUCACUCUUCUUUUCAGAGGGGUAGAUGUUAGCUUUUAGAAAAAAACUGACGAGUUCCUGUCAUGGCUCAGCAGAAAUGAUUCUGACUAGUA